AUGUCGCUCAAGCUGCCCCGGAACUGGGAUUUCAACCUGAAAAUGGAUGCUGCGAGAAUAGCGCGCUCCAAGAGCAUGAUGCCGGGCGAGGCAGCACCCGGCGGCGCGCGGCCAGCCUCGCCGAGCCCGCUCGAGCGGCCCCUCAAGACGGGCUGGCUCAGGAAGCAGCGCUCCAUCGUCAAGAACUGGCAGCAGCGCUUCUUCGUGCUCAAGGGCCAACAGCUGCUCUACUACAAGGACGAGGACGAGGCCAAGCCGCAGGGCUGCCUGUCCCUGCAGGGAAGCACCAUCAAGGAGGUGGCGGGCACCGUGGAAGAAGGCGGCAGGUUCAUCUUCGAGAUCAUCCCAGGGGCCUCUGGAGAGCCGAUGCGGGCCGGGCAGGACUCGUGCGUGCUCAUGGCCAGCUCCCAGGCGGAGAUGGAGGAGUGGGUGAAGUCCAUCCGCAGAGUGCUCGGCUCGGCCUCCGGAGCCGUGUUCGGCCAGCGCCUGGUGGAGACCAUGGCCUAUGAGCAGAAGUUUGGGCAGCACCAGGUGCCCAUCCUGGUGCAGAAGUGCGUGGAGUUCAUCCGGGAGCACGGCAUGAGCGAGGAAGGCAUCUUCCGCCUGCCCGGCCAGGAGAACGUGGUGAAGCGGCUCCGCGACGCCUUCGAUGCUGGAGAGAGGCCCUCGUUCGACCGCGACACGGAUGUGCACACAGUGGCCUCGCUGCUCAAGCUCUACUUGCGGGAGCUGCCCGAGCCCAUCGUGCCCUGGGUGCAGUACGAGGACUUCCUACUCUGUGGCCAAGAGCUGGACGCGGAUGAGAGCAAGGGUCAUCGMGCACUGCUGAAGCAGCUGUCCCUCCUUCCUCGAGAAAAUUACAACCUCCUCAGCUACAUCUGCAGGUUUCUCCAUGAAAUACAGUUGAACUGUAGCAUCAACAAGAUGAGCGUGGACAAUCUGGCGACAGUGAUUGGAGUGAAUCUCAUCAGGCCAAAGAUAGGGGACCCUGCUGUUAUUAUGAGAGGCACCCCUCAGAUCCAGAAAGUGAUGACUGUGAUGAUAAGUGACCAUGCAGACCUCUUCCCGGCAUCCGAAGAUGCGCCACUCYCCUCACCCGCUGAAAGAAAUGACGACUUCAAGAAAGCCCCUGUGACGCGCAGCUCCGUGGGCUGGGACGCUGCUGAGGACCCUGCAGGGUCCAGGGCGGACAGCCUGGUUCUAAGGCAAACUAGUCUAAAGAGAGACGACCUGAAUGCCAGCAGUGCUGCUGGACCAGCUGCGAAUUCAAGUGUGCCUGGAGAAGAUAAUGAUGUGAAAUUAUCCAAAGAUACUCUGGGAAUGCAGAAAAUGCAGUCUAGGAAAAGAACUCAGACCUUACCUAACAGGAAAUCCUUCCUGACAGCUGCUUCUCCAGGGGAGAAAGGCAGGAAUGACAAAGGCGAUGUAUUUGCCAGUGACUUCUGGAAAUCCUCCCCAGGUACCAGCGUGCCUUCUGGGCUCCCUGAUGGACAUAAAAGAACAUUGUCUCAUGAUCUUUUUAAGCUGCUUGACCUCCACCGGGCUACAACUUGCGAUAAGGCAGCUACCUCGCAGGCGGGAAGGGGGGAAGGCAGCUGCUCCAGCCCCGACAUGGCGAGCGGCAGCUCCGAGCAGCAAUUCCUACCGAGCCUCAGCUUCAGCCAUCCACCCAAGGAAACAGGCAGCCCUGUCAGCAGCUCAGCCGAGGCUCGGGAUUCUGGCCAGGAGAGCAAGGAACAACUGCACAGCAUGAUCCUGAAGCUGGAGAAAGAAAUGGAGGCACAGAAAAAUACCUACGAAGAGCAAAUCGAAAGCCUUGAGAAGGAAAACUAUGAAGUCUGGGCCAAAGUGGUGAGACUGCACCAUGAGGUUGACAGAGAGAAGAAGAAAUCGGAGGAACUGGAGCAAAAGCUGAGGGACAUGGAGCUCUUGCAGGAAGACAUGGAGAGGAAAAACAAAAGGCUUGAAGAGGAGAUAAAGAAUUUAACCCAAUCCAGGAGCAAAGCCGAUGCCAAAAACAACUAGGAGGAGACACCUGCAUGUGUGYGGACAUAAAACACAGCUGCAUGGUUUAGUAUCCAGAGGAAUUGUCCAGCGGGAUCUGAGCCAGGGACUCGUACAGGCAGGUGCCCUGUUACAGCCUGCGGGCUGGUUUGGAGGAAGGAGCCUGGAAGUUAGAGGUUGGUUUACACUAUGAAACAGGAAAUUUCAAAACUGUUCUUUAGCUUUAUUUCAGUUUUUAAACCCUCCUCUGGCUGCUGAAGUUACCUAUAGAACAGGCCAACACUUCCUGCUGCUCAACCAAAAUGUCUUGUAGGAAGAGUUCAGGUUAAAUAUAUAUUAUACUUAACAGAAAUAAAUGAGCAAGUGGCCUUCCUGCCAUUUGGCGGUCUCCUUGAUGAAGAUAUCCUAGUGCUCUGAGCCUGAAUCCUGCAGAUGGGGAGUCAGAAAAUGCCCAGGCCAAGGUGACACCCACUGUGCCUGGGUGAUGUGCUGCAAGACAUGCUCUGCAAUGAGCUCGAGAUUUUUGCAUUAACACACAGGCUUUGUCAUGGCUCUUAAAGA